CGCGUUGUUCUCACCGCCAGUACUCCGUAGUACCCAUUGUUUUUCCAGAAAUAUCCAUAUCCCAGAGCCAGAACUCACAUCCUAAAUCACAGUUGUCCCACCCCACUUUACCUUCUGCAUCUCGAAGACUGGUGCAUCUUGAAGCCGAAGUUUGCUCCAAGCUCACCCGACCUCCGACUAACCCCUCCAAGAAAGCCUCCUACCCCACCAUACAUUCUGCCCGCCCACUCUUUCUGCUACGCCUUCCAAUAUCUACGGCCUUCUCUAGACCCCCUCGAGUCAUUUUCGGAUCUCGCCUGCUUACAUCGUCUAUUGAAGGCCGAGGUGUGCAGAAUACCGUACCGUCAGCCUCUGGAGCGGAAUGUCUGUUUCCAUACAAGAGUUGGACAACACUGUCCGGGCCUUCUAUGAGGGCAAGGGGGACCUGCAAAAGCAAGCUCAGCAGACCCUAACAGAGUUCAAGCAAAAUCCAGAUGCCUGGCUAAUUGUGGGAAACAUCCUACAAGAAUCGACAUAUCCACAGACCAAAUAUCUUGCUCUUCAGGUUCUUGACGAUGUGAUUAUGACGCGAUGGAAGGUCUUACCGAGGGAACAAUGCCUAGGCAUUCGGAAUUUCAUCGUCAAUUUCAUCAUUGAAAACUCCAAGUCAGAGGAUAAGUUAAGGAGUGAACGUGCUUUUCUGAACAAGCUCAAUUUAGUCCUUGUUUCGAUCUUGAAGCAGGAGUGGCCACAUAAUUGGCCAACCUUUAUCAACGAAAUCAUUUCGUCGUGCCACACAAGUCUAUCCAUCUGCGAAAACAAUAUGGCAAUCCUUCGUCUCCUGUCCGAAGAAGUAUUCGACUUCUCCCAGGAUCAAAUGACCUCCGUGAAAGCGAGAAAUCUGAAGACCUCUAUGACACAAGAGUUUUCAUCCAUCUUCCAACUGUGUUCUGAGGUCCUGAACACGGCGAACCAGCCGAGUCUUAUCAAAGCUACACUGGAGACUCUGCUUCGUUUCUUGAAUUGGAUUCCCCUGGGAUAUAUAUUUGAAACUCCCAUUAUAAACACUCUGCUAACGCGGUUUCUGGAUGUUCCCGAAUUCAGAAAUGUCACGCUCAAGUGCCUUACAGAGAUCGGCGGGUUACAAAUUGGCAACCCCUAUAACUACGAUGAAAGACUGGUUCAUAUGUUCACGGAGACACUUACUGUAGUCUCGAGAAUCAUUCCGUUAUCAAUGGAUUUGAAGCAAACUUAUGCCAAGAGCAACUCGAGAGACCAAGAAUUCGUGCUCAAUUUGGCACUGUUCCUCUGCAGCUUCUUUAGUGCUCAUCUCAAUCUCGUCGAGAAACUACCUAAUCGCGACUAUCUUACACACGCUCAUUUCUACCUUAUUCGUAUCAGUCAGAUUGAUGAUAGGGAAGUCUUCAAAAUCUGCCUAGAAUAUUGGACACGGCUAGUGCAAGAAUUGUAUGAAGAGAUGCAGCAGCUUCCAAUCACAGACAUUAACCCUCUAGUGAGCAUGGGUGUUAGCGGUCUGUCGAACGGAGGUGCACCGCAUCCCAGCACAUUGGCCAACUACCCUCUUCGAAAACACAAAUACGAGGAGGUCCUGUCGAGCCUGCGUACGGUCAUGAUUGAGAAGAUGGUGCGCCCUGAGGAGGUCCUGAUCGUUGAGAAUGACGAAGGCGAAAUAGUUCGCGAAUUCGUCAAGGAAAGCGAUACCAUCCAGCUUUACAAGACAAUACGUGAAUGUCUUGUCUAUCUCACGCACUUGGAUGUCAUCGAUACAGAGAAUAUUAUGAUCGAAAAGCUAGCCAAACAGGUUGACGGGUCUGAGUGGUCUUGGGCCAAUUGUAAUACUCUCUGCUGGGCAAUUGGUUCAAUCUCUGGAGCCAUGAACGAAGAGACCGAAAAGCGGUUCCUUGUCAAUGUCAUUAAGGAUCUCCUUGGUCUCACCGAGAUGAAGCGCGGAAAGGAUAACAAAGCCGUCGUCGCUAGUAAUAUCAUGUACAUCGUGGGACAGUACCCGAGGUUUUUGAAAGCCCACUGGAAAUUUCUGAAAACAGUUGUUAACAAGCUUUUCGAAUUCAUGCAUGAGACGCACGAAGGUGUCCAGGAUAUGGCUUGCGAUACGUUCAUCAAGAUUGCGAACAAGUGCAGGCGGCAUUUUGUCGCGCUUCAGCCAGGAGAGAAUGAGCCAUUUAUCGAGGAAAUUGUUCGGAACAUGAGGAAGAUCACAUGUGACCUAUCCCCUCAGCAGGUCCACACCUUUUACGAAGCCUGCGGUUAUAUGAUCUCGGCGCAAGGCCAGAAAGGCCUCCAAGAUCGCUUGAUUGAGAAUCUUAUGUCGUUGCCUAACUCCGCUUGGGAUGCUAUCAUAGUACAGGCUAAUCAAAAUCCCGCCAUUCUCCAGGAUGGUGAGACGAUAAAGAUCAUCGGAAAUAUCAUGAAAACGAACGUUGCAGCAUGUUCUUCGAUCGGCACUUACUUUUACUCCCAGCUCGGGCGGAUUUAUCACGACAUGCUGAACAUGUUUCGUGCAUCCAGCCAGCUUAUCAGUGACGCCGUUGCACAUGAUGGCAACAUUGCAACAAAGACCCCGAAAGUCAGGGGGCUACGGACAAUCAAGAAAGAGAUCCUCAAACUCAUUGACACUUAUGUGCAGAAAGCUGAUGACCUAGAGAUGGUCAAUGCAAACAUGGUCCCUCCAUUACUGGAGGCCGUUCUUGUUGAUUACAAUCGCAAUGUUCCUGAUGCGCGGGAGGCAGAAGUCUUGAAUGUUAUGACGACAAUAAUCCACAAGUUGCAUAACUUGAUGGAAGACAAGGUCCCCCUGAUCAUGGAAAGCGUCUUCGAAUGCACAUUGGAGAUGAUCAACAAAGACUUUCAUGAAUAUCCUGAGCACCGUGUCCAGUUCUUUAAGUUGAUUCAGGCGAUCAAUUUAUACUGUUUUCCAGCGUUGCUCAAGCUCGAUGCUACACAGUUCAAAUUUGUCAUUGAUUCCUGCAUGUGGGCUAGCAAGCACGACAAUCGCGAAGUCGAAAACACAGGUCUCACAAUGUGCCUUGAACUAAUGAACAACAUGGCAGACACUGAUGCCCAAACUUCAAAUAUCUUCUUCCGACAAUUUUACAUUCCUAUCCUGCAGGAUGUAUUUUUUGUCCUCACGGACAGUGAUCACAAAGCGGGAUUCAAGUCGCAGGCCAUGCUGUUGUCGCGCAUGUUCUACUUUAUUGAGUCUGGCAAAGUGCAGGAUCCAAUUUAUUCCCCUGAACAGGCUCCCUUGGGGACAUCCAACAAAGAUUUCUUACAAGAAUAUGUUGCGAAUCUCCUACAAAACGCUUUCAAAAAUCUUCAGGAGAUUCAAAUCAAACAAUUCGUUAUUGGUCUGUUUACCUUCAAUGAUGACUUCAACAAGUUCAAGACUCACCUGCGUGAUUUCUUGAUAUCACUGAAGGAGUUCUCUGGUGAUAAUGCGGACUUGUAUGCGGAAGAACGAGAGCAAGCGUUGCGUGAUGCUAAAGCUGCCGAACGAGACCGUGCAAUGAGGGUAGGAGGUCUAUUGAAGCCAUCUGAGCUGGAUCAAGAGGAUGAGCUAUGACUGGACAAGGAAUUGCGCUCUGAGAUAGCGCUUUCAACUUCCGAUGCCGUAGCACAUAGCAGGGGGUCCAGGGCUUUUUCCAAAAGUGACUGGUUUGAUGGCUGGUCCUGUUACGGACUUUAAUUUUGAAACGGAUCAGUAUUUCAAGCACUGAGUUCAGGACGUAUUUUAUCUUUUGGUCGUCAUUGGCGGCUUCUCUUUUCUUUACUUUCGAUGUUCUCUAUAAUGUGAACCCCAUGUAAAAACAAUCUUGGAGCUUUCAGAUGGCAUUGCGAUAUCAAUCAACCAUUUGC